CUCUUCCUUCGCCAAUCUCCCCCCCCUCUCCACAACACCAACUUGCUCCGCGAGUAGCCUCCGAGAAGCCUGGGCCUGAGCCUCACAACUCCACGAGUCGUUCCGUACUAUCUAAAGGGUUUUACCGGCCGACCAGCACCAUGUUCCGAGCCGCCUCAUCGCGAGUCAGGGCUCUCAAGGGUCGAACGUGCAAUUGGGCAUCGGGCAGAUUUGCAAGUUCGAGUGCCGUUGCCACAAAGCCAACAUCCUCUUCGGGGGGUCUCCUAGGCUGGCUGACUGGAGGAGGAUCCAGGUCUUUACCACCUCUGGACUUCCCACUUGCAGGUGUCAUUCUCCCACCGUCAUUACCUGAUCACAUCGAACCAAUUAAAACCAUGAUUACUACUCUCCCAAAUGGUGUCAAGAUAGCCUCUGAAGCAUCGGCUAAUCCUGUAGCCUCAAUAGGUUUAUAUGUUGAUUGUGGUCCAAUCUAUGAGACAGCAGUAUCAAUGGGAGCCACUGAUCUGCUGCAGCGUAUGGCCUUUACGAGAACAAGAAAUAGGAGCCACUUGCGAGUUGUGCGUGAAGUGGAGGCAAUUGGUGGCAAUGUGGAAGCCUCAUCUUCUAGGGAGCAGAUGAGUUACACCUAUAAUGCUUUGAAGACAUAUGUUCCUGAAAUGGUAGAGCUGCUUAUUGACAGUGUGAGGAAUCCAAUUUUCCUGGAUUGGGAAGUCAAUGAGGAGCUUCAUAAUCUGAAGGCCGAGAUUAGUGGAACUUUUAAGAACCCUCACAAUUUUCUUUUGGAUGCAAUUCAUUCCGCUGGUUACUCUGGUGCUCUGGCUAAUCCACUUUCAGCUCCAGAAUCUGCAAUAAACAGAUUAAAUAGUACAAUUCUAGAGGAAUUUGUUGCUGAAAAUUACACUGCUCCUCGGAUGGUACUUGUAGCUUCUGGUGUUGAACACGAUGAACUGAUAUCUGUCACUGAACCACUUUUAUCUGAUCUACCCAGUGUCUCUCGUCCUGACGAGCCUAAAUCUGUGUACAUUGGAGGUGAUUAUCGUUGUCAAGGUGAAUCAGGGAGAACCCAUUUCGCUCUUGCAUUUGAACUUCCUGGUGGCUGGCAUAAGGAGAAGGAAGCUAUAAUUUUGACUGUGCUUGAGGUGCUGUUGAGAGGUGGAGGAUCCUUUUCAGCUGGUGGACCUGGAAAGGGGAUGUAUUCACGCCUAUAUCUUCGUGUUUUGAAUGAGUAUCCACAAUUUCAGUCAAUUUCUGCAUUCAGCUGCAUCUACAAAAAUACUGGCAUAUUUGGCAUCCAAGCUACCACGGGUUCUGAUUUUGUGUCACAAGCCAUCGAUGUAGUGGUGAACGAGCUUAUCUCAGUUGCAACUCCUGGAGAAGUUGACCAGGUACAGCUAGAUCGUGCCAAGCAGUCAAUGAAGUCGGCCAUCCUAAUUAAUUUGGAAUCCAGAAUCCUUGCAUCUGAAGAUAUGGGUAGACAAUUUCUGAUCUAUGGUGAGAGGAAACCUGUGGAUCAUUUCUUGAAAGCUGUUGAUCAAGUUACUGCCAAGGACAUUGCUUCAAUUGCCCAAAAGCUUCUUUCUUCCCCUCUCACGAUGGCAUCAUAUGGGGAUGUUAUUAAUGUUCCAAGCUACGAUUCAGUCAGCAGCAAGUUCCGAUCAAAAUGAAAUAAAUGGCUUUCAUGUACGUGUGAAGAAAAAGAAGCUGCUUUCAUGUGUAAGAAGGCGCAGGUACCUGGCCUGCUUUGCUUGCACUGUAUUAUUCAACUAGUGCCCUCUUCAAGUUCUCAUACUGCCAAUUGUAGUUUGAAAAUAAAAGGUGGAAUUUUUACGUACCAGUUUCUCUGUAUAAAGAGCAGAUAGGCCGCCAAAAGUGGUUAACUUUUGAUAUAGACUAAACUCCCUAUUAUGGUGUUAUAAAGAAUGGGAGAUAUACAAACUCAGUUUGAUCAUUUUUUAUGUGCUUGUUUUCUGUUUGAAGAAAUGUGAUAGAACUUCAUGUAAUUGUAUAGUCAGUAAGAAUUACUGUAAAAGAUUGCUUUGGCUAAGUCAUUAUUCUAUUGUCAUGAAAUAAGAAGAAUGUAAUCCUAAA